AUGCGUUUGAACCUCAACUGUGAAGAAAAGACUGUAAAAGCACAAACUGAUCCAUCAGACACAUCACACAUGAUGUUUAUGAGCAGGAGAGCGUUGAAAGGCAUAUCAGACUCUCUUUUAAACAUGACACAUUUACAGAGUUUGUAUCUGGAGGGUAAUGAGAUCUUCAGUCUACCCGAGUGUCUGUUUAACAGUUUACCAUCUUUAGUCUGGUUGGAUCUGAGGAAUAAUCAGCUCACAAGACUUCCUGUCGGUGUCGGUGAACACAGGUGCUUGAAAACGUUACUUUUGGAGGGUAAUCCAAUAACUGAACUGCCAGCAGAACUGGGUCAUGUGAUCACAUUGAAGGCCCUGAGCUUGAGGAAUUGUCCAAUCAUGUUUCCUCCUCCAGAUAUCAUUGAUCAGGGCCUGGCACAGAUUCUCCACUACCUGCGCAGCAUCAUGGCAGAACGGCACGUCAGCACGCACAGCUCUGAACGAGAGAUGCCUGCGGUGGAGAAGCUGCAGUUGUGUGAGUUGGGCCUAUCCAGUCUGGACCUGAGCGAGGAGGCAGUGGAUGACCCAGAGAUCCGACGCUUCCAGGAGCUCCGGCAGAGGAUCAUCCAGAUAGAACGGGCUGAUCUGGGGUCCAGCAUCCCUGCGGUCCUGUCGCCCCAUCACACCAGAACAGCAGAGGGCAAUAGAGGACGCAGAACACUCGCCCUGCCCAUUAUCAGCAGGAACAAAGAUCUAACGAGAGGCAAAGCAUCAGACAUUCAGAGCUGGAGCAGCACAGAGGAGAGGAAACACGCUGGCAUAAAAGAACUGAAGGAGAAACGGCGUGUAUCUGAACAAAGACAGACAGCUCAGGAGCUGCCGUGGGAGCACAGAAACCAGGCCAGAGUCUCACAGCAGCCGCAGCGGUGCAGGAAAGUACUGGAACAUCCACAGAGGAGACGAGAGAGAGACGAGACCAGCUUCUCCUCCUCUGAGAAACCAGCAACACCAGCUUGUAAAGACUCAGUCUGUGUCCAGGACUCCAGUAUGCAACAGCAGUCAGACCCUCACAUCUCUCUGACCGAUUGGUGA